AUGACUGAAACCAGAGAAGUUCCAAACAAGUUUUUUGGUCGAUAUGAACUCGAAAAAUCUGAAAACUUUGAUGAAUUUCUAUCAUCAAAAGGUGUUAAUUGGCUUAUUCGACAACUUAUAAAAAGAGCUGGGCUCACAAAAAUCAUUGAAUCAAAUCAAGAGAAAAAUGGAAGGUUAUUAAAUAGAAAACUGUGAGAUAAAAAAAGUAAAACUUAUUAUUUCAGAUAUAACUUUGAAAAUCUGACCUCAAAAAAGAACACAAAUUAUCAAGGAUGGGAAUUGGGAAAACAAUUCGAAGGAGAUGGUUUGGAUGGAAAUAAACAUCAAAUAACUUUCGAUUUCAAAGACGAAGUUCUAUCCGAACAUCAUAUUCGAUUGAAUGAACCAACAACUUCCGCUGAAACUUAUUAUUAUACAAUUGAUGAAAAUAAUCAACUUGUUAUGGUUUGUUUUUUUUGUUUUUCUGUAAAUUCUCAACAAAUAUAUAUAUUUUUUCUCACAGAAAAUGGAAAAUAAUGGAAUUGUUUGUCGACGUUGGUUCAAAAAAGUCGAGGAAAAACAAUAG